UCUGUAACUAGUUUUCUGUUGUUGACAGUUUUUUGCAUUCAGUCAUAUAAAAAUCUGUAAAAAUUCACACAUAGCCUACUUAAAGGUGUUUCAAUCAUGUGCACGAGUGUAGCAACAAAGAUCUUUACUCUGCUUUGUGUUUUUCUUCUUGACGGGACUUUGCCUUCAGUUCAAGCAGAGAAACACUCGCUGUAUUACAUUUACACAGCCUUGUCUAAACCUGUGAAUCUGCCGGGCAUCUAUGAAUUCACUGCUAUGGGUCUGCUGGACGGCACACAGAUCGAUUAUUACAAUAGUAAAGAAAAGAGAAAGAUUCCCACACAGCCCUGGAUGAAAGAAAAAAUGCAGGAGGAUUACUGGGAAAAAGGCACUCAGUCCAGAAAGAGUAAAGAACAGUGGUUUAAUGUGAACGUCCAGAUUCUGAUGAACCGCAUGAGAGACAAUGAAUCAGAUCUCCAUGUUCUUCAGUGGAGACACGGUUGUGAAGUUGAGCAGCAGGGAGAUGAAGUGAAGUUUCUCAAAGGCAUUGAUGAGUACAGCUAUGAUGGAGAAAACUUCUUGUCUUUUGAUGAUAAAGAGUCUCAAUGGGUCGCCUCAGUUGAUGCAGCUCUACCAACCAAGAGAAAAUGGGACAAUGUGCCAAUCCUAAACCAAUACACCAAAGGAUACCUGGAGAAAGAGUGUGUGGACUGGCUCAACAAAUUCAGAGAAUAUAGAGACGAGGAGCUCAGAAACAGCUCUCCUCCACAGGUUCAUGUGUUUGCAAGCAUCACUAGCGGUAAAUCCAAGCUGAAACUCACCUGUAUGGCCACUGGUUUCUACCCCAAAGACAUGAUGAUGACCAUUAGGAAAUAUCGCGAAUCUCUGCCUGAAGAUGAGAUUGAAUCCACAGGAAUCAGACCAAACCAUGAUGGAUCCUUCCAGAUGAGGAAGAGUGUGGAGAUCAAGAAGGAGGAAAGAGCAGAUUAUGAUUGUUUUGUUUUCCAUAGUUCCCUCAAAGAACCAAUUAUCAACAAGUGGAAAUUGAUUUAACAUGCUUUUUAAGCUCUGCUUUAAAUGCUGUUUUGUUGUUUGCAACUUUUAGCUUUAGUGUGUUUUUUUAGUUUACGUGUACCCCAAUAAUCCAUUUAU